CGUCGCAGUUCUCCAACGGUACAGAAGUGCAAUCGCUUAAUUCUCGCAAAAAACAAUCACUACCCAAUUAUUAAGUACUUGCUAACAAGAUUAAAAAUGUUGCAAUAUCUUGUGGUCACCCUGGCACUUUGUGCAACAGUCUGUUCUGCCGCCCAAACGCGCAACAUGCCCAUUCAAGCCAUAGCUUAUCUGAUCGGACCCGUGCAAUCGGAUAAUAGCCAGGUCAAGGGCAAUGUGACUUUUACACAGAACGACUGUGGCCAGAAUGUCCAUGUCCGCGUCCAGUUGGAAGGAUUAAAGGAGGGCAAGCACGGCUUCCACAUUCACGAAAAGGGAGAUCUGACCAAUGGAUGCAUCAGCAUGGGUGCCCACUACAAUCCCGAUAAGGUUGAUCAUGGUGGUCCCGAUCACGAGGUGCGUCACGUUGGCGAUCUGGGAAACCUGGAAGCUAACUCCUCGGGCAUUAUCGACAUCACAUACACGGAUCCGGUGAUCACUCUAACCGGCAAGAAUGCAGUUAUUGGCAGGGGAUGUGUUGUCCACGAAUUGGAGGAUGAUCUUGGCCUCGGAAACCACACGGACUCCAAGAAGACUGGAAACGCAGGUGGCCGUAUUGCCUGCGGUGUUAUUGGCAUCAACUCGGACGUGGACGAAUGGCCAUGUCGCGAUGGUGGCGCCGGCGCCCUCCGCUAUUCCCUCUCCAUCCUGACCGUCAUCGUAGCGAUCUUCAUGGCGCGCAGCCUCGACUAAUUCACUGCACCCCGGAAUCGGAUCGAUUGAGCAUGUGGCAUGGGAUUACUGACCAUCGUAGAGAUCCGCAUUCCCACUUACACCACUAAUCACAACCAUUAGUCACAUAUACACACACCCACACAAGUAACUAUAAUACUCCAGCAAAAACAGCAUAAUCCACCCAAAAUAAUGAAAUCUAAGGAACUAACUACGCUACUUGUAUUAUGUUUGAAAUUUAAUGAUAAUAAAGUUUGUUAUUUGUA